CGUCACGGGGAUUCCCUCUUUGCCCGGGCUCCGAAGCGGAAGCCGCGUGCUCAGAUCUGCUUCUGCUGCUCCUCCUCUCCGCCGCUUUGCUUUCGUUUUCCUGGAAGGAACCGAGCAGAAGCUGGAGAUUGGAAGCCUUGCAACCAAAGAUGAGUCACGGCUGGGCCGCAGUUGCCAAAAAUGCUAUUUUCGACUAAAACAACAGAAGUCGGAGGAAGUGAAAGCUGUGCUUGCUUGUGGUUUUUCGGCCUCAAGUCCUGGGUUCAAGUCCUGGCACCGUCUUUUAAGGAGGAUUCGGAGCAUCGGAAACAGAACACAGAGCUCAGAAACCUGGAUUGAAGUUCCUGGAGGGAAGAGAUUCUCCUUCAAUGUCUGAAGACGCUUUGGGUCACCUGGGGAAGUAGAGACUCAAAGAGCAGGAGUCCGUGGGGCUGACUGUGUGGCCGAUGGAGGAGGCAAUAAGGAAAGCUGAGCAGCAAGCCCUGAGGCUGGCGGAGGCGAUCCGAGACGGGGAGGAAGAGAUCGCCCAGCGUUGCGCCAUCUGGCUGGCCGAGCGCCGUGUCCCCGUCAAGGUGCAGCUGGAACCAGACGCCUAUCCGGAGCACGACAUUAGGCUCUGGGUGGGCGUGGAAGAUGCCCAGAUGGUCACCACACCCAUCUUUCUGAAGGUCCAGCCUUCCAUGACUAUGGCUUCCCUCAAAGACAUGAUGCAUCUCCAUUAUGGUUUCCCACCCAGCAUCCAGAAGUGGGUGGUGGGACGGAGGCUGCCCCAGGACCACGAGACCCUCCACUACCAAGGUAUCCAGAAGGACGGCGACCAGGCCUACCUCUACUUGAUGUCCGCCAAGACCAAGAAGCUGAGCAAAGAAACGGCAGAGUUGGACCACGAACGCAGGCAGCUGGAAGAGUUAGGCAUUAGAGAAGGAGUCCUGGUGCCUCGGGGAACUGGCGAUUCGGGUUCUUCGGACUUCUCGACACCAACGGAGCCCUCCUUGAUGUUGGACGUGCACGAGGAGGGGAGCGGCUGUGAGCUGACUCUCCCCGUGGAGCCCCCAAAGAUUGGUUGGGAGUGCCUGACUUGUACAUUUAUCAACAAGCCGUCCCGUCCCGGAUGCGAAAUGUGCUGCGCCGAGCGGCCCUUGAAUUACGUCGUCCCGGAAGACUAUAAGCUGGAUGCGGAAGAGCAGGCAUGGCUGCAGAGGGAUUUGGAGGCCACCCGCCAAUACCAGCAGGUGGAAGAAGAAGAGAAAAAACGAAACUAUAGGCAACUCCUGCAGUGGGACAACCAGAACUUAGUGCUUUCUGAGGAAGCCAUUCAAUGCCCCAUCUGCUUCAUGAACCUGGAACCUGGAGAAGGAGUCACCCUACGAGAAUGUCUCCAUUCCUUCUGCAAGGAUUGCUUGAGGGGGACCAUCCUCAACAGCCCAGAACCGGAAGUCAAGUGCCCCUACAUUGAUGACAACUACUCCUGUCCCUCGCAGCUGCUGGACCGCGAGAUCAAAGGGCUACUAACAGAGGAAGAAUAUCAGCAUUUUCUGGACUUGGGGAUGUCCAUCGCUGAGAAUCGCAGCCGGUCGAGUUUCCACUGCAAAACGACGGACUGCCGAGGUUGGUGUUUUUACGAAGACGACGUGAACGAGUUCUACUGCCCGGUGUGUCAAAAACCGAACUGCCUGUUGUGUCAGGCUAUUCACGAAAACAUGAACUGCAAGCAAUACCAGGACGAUCUGCAGGCGCGAGCGCUGAAUGACCACGCUGCACAACAGACCACGGAGGUGUUGCUGAGACUGGUGAAGGACGGGGAGGCCAUGUACUGCCCCACCUGCAGGAUCAUCGUGCAGAAGAAGGAUGGCUGCGACUGGAUCCGGUGCACCGUUUGCCACACGGAGAUUUGCUGGGUCACCAAAGGGCCACGCUGGGGACCAGCUGGCUUGGGCGACAUCAGCGGGGGCUGCCGUUGCAAAGUGAAUGGCGUGGCCUGCCAUCCGAAUUGCCAGAACUGCCAUUGAUGGAGGAGAUUCCUGAAAAUCGGACUUUCCGGACAGACCUUUCGCCUGCAGAGGAAAGUCGGCGUUGUGGACGACGGCUGGAGGGGACGUUUGGACAAUUGCACAGUCCUUCUGCGGCAUGACCAGUUCCUACCACGUCUGUCUUGGACAACUCGCCUCCGGCAACCGAGGUGGUGACGGGGCCAAGGAGCUCUCCUACGUCGCGGUUGGUUGAAGGGGGCGUUUUUUUCGUCCUCCACCCGUCUCUUGGUCGUGCCGAGAACUUGACCUGUUGAUUGGUUUCACUCGAGAAGUUCUGCUUCGUCUUUUCCGUAAAAAGCGACGGCUGUUUUAUUGUUCUCGCGUCCUUCUGCACACACACACACAUUACUGGGUCCAUCUUUCAAGCUCGGAUCUCCAUUACCGGAGGCUGGCCACUCGUUGCAUUCAAACCAGACUUUUGAGUUGUGGUUUUGAUUUACAAAACGAACCCACAAUAUUCUCCUUUUAUUGGCAUUACGGAGCGGGCUGCUUAGCGCGCCUUCCAUUUUUACUUUUGCUUUGCUCAAAGGAUGCUCUGACUUUUCAUUGCUCCUUUCGGUCACUUCUGUGAUUUGAAGCCGAAUCAGGAGCAGAUGGAGCUUCGCUGUUGAGGGGGGAGGGUUACCUCUCCUGUAUCCCCCCCCCACCUCCCAAAUAAAUCUAGUUUUUGAAAUUUAAGAUAAAAAUAGCACAGAAUCUUUUCAGGAAACGUUGAAAAGCCUGCAGAACGGAUCCUCAAGGCGAUGGACGUUAUGUUUUCCUGAGAUAGGAUUUCGUCGCAUGCGGAGGGCUAGGAAUUAAAGCAGUGGAAUUGCUAAAAA